AUGCUAUGGACGCCUCUAUCGUCUUCUGACUGCGGACUUAAUCACUGCAUUAUUACCCACGAAGCCUAUUAUAAGACUAUUAAUUUACAAUUGGACGCAGAUCACUCCCUUCUUCAUACUUUAAAGUAG